UGUUGGCUGUCCCAGCAUCAGCUGAUGUUGCCACUGCUAAACUGAACUAGAUCAUGUAUCAGCAUACACAAAGCAUUAUCUGCACGUUGAUAAUUAAAACAAUAAAAACAAAACCACAAAAAAAACCCCCUAAAACAAGUAUUUUCUACUUCACAAGUUGAAUAUUGAUAAACUUAACUGGUUAAUCUUUAACCUUUUGCAUACUGGAUAAUCACCAUGUAUUUAACACAAUGAGGAUUGGCCAAUUUUAAUAGGGUUGAGAAGGAGGCCACUUUGGAGUGUUGUGCUUAAAAGCAAUAUAGUUUUGGCUGCUGGAAGGUGGGGCUGAGUCAAGAUUCUUAUCUGUUGUAACUCUCACCUGGCUCUCCCUCCCACUGCCAGUAACCUUGCUCAUUUUCUGGCCUGCCCUUCUUAUCUGCCUUAGUUACUCCAGAUUAAGUUUCCAAAUCAAUGCCAGUUUCCAAAUUAGCUUCAGGCUACAAGGCAGCGUACAUGUGGAGGGCAGGCAGGAAGUGGAGGGAAUCAGAGCAGGAAUCUGGUAACACAAGAAAACAGGCCUGAUAUUGUGAAUAUCGUCCUUCUGGAGAAGGACUUGUUGCUAGGAAGAGUUAGAGGGAAGGGAGAAUUGGAAAAGCAGGUGGGGGGCUCCUGUUUGGGAGUGAGGGUGGAGGCUGAAUAGACUUGGUUUCUGUUUAGGACCCUCAAGAUGCUUUGAGGGCCCUAAACCCAGAUUUUCAAAGGAAUUUAAGUGCCAAAAUAGCAUUGAAAAUCUGGCCCUGAGGAUUAAAGGAGACAAGCAAUGAUCUAUUUCUUUACAAAUCUUAAAUAUAAGACAAAGGUGAUACAUUCUUCCUUUCUCCUUUCCCACCCAAACCAAAAAUGUUUAAGAAACACCUCUUCAGACACAAUAAUAAAAUAUGACUCCAUUUAUUGGAAGGCCAAACCUAUCUUACAUAAUGUCCAAUGAUUUGUGCUAUGAAAACUUGCCAAGGAUUUUCUAGCACCACUUUGUGUUUUUGAGAGAACUUCAAAUCAACAUGGAACAGCUGACUGAGAUUGGGGAUUUUGAUGAAUCUGUGGAUCGUGAUCACCUUAAAACAAACCAAUACUUGCCAAACCAGGAAAGACUGCAAGGAAAGAUACUGGAGUUUCACAGGAAGCACUUGAGGGGCCAAACUCCUGCUGAGUCAGAUUUCCAGGUGCUUGAAAUUGCUCGGAAACUGGAGAUGUAUGGCAUUAGAUUUCACCUUGCAUCUGACCGUGAGGGGUCGAAAAUUAACCUGGCUGUUUCACACAUGGGCGUACUAGUAUUCCAGGGUACCACAAAAAUCAACACCUUCAACUGGUCUAAAGUCCGUAAAUUAAGCUUCAAGAGAAAAAGGUUUCUUAUCAAGCUCCACCCAGAAGUUCAUGGUCCAUAUCAGGAUACGCUGGAGUUUCUGUUUGGCAGUAGGGAUGAGUGUAAAAACUUCUGGAAAAUCUGUGUGGAAUAUCACACUUUCUUCAGGUUGUUUGAUCAACCAAAACCAAAGGCUAAAGCAGUCUUCUUCAGCAGAGGGUCUUCAUUCAGAUACAGUGGACGAACACAGAAACAGCUGGUGGAUUAUGUUAAAGACAGUGGAAUGAAGAAAACUCCCUAUGAAAGGAGGCACAGCAAAGCUAGAGUGUUUGCUCACACUUCGAACACAGAUGUGCCAAAACAGAGUGUCUCAUUUACCGAGGGCUUAGGUGCUCCUGAGUCCCAUGCCUCAGUAUCUGCCUCCUUCCAUUCAGUUUAUACAUCAUUCACUACCACUACUGACCUGCCCAUCUGUACAGAGACGAAUCAUUCCUUCUUGGACUCCAGAGCACCGUACACGAGGAGCCCAACAACAGAAAAGAGUAUUGCAAUACCAUCUGAAGAAACUGGGAAGAAAGCGACACAGCAGCUUGGAUCUCCCAUACUCCAGUCAUUCCAAGGUGUUGGGUUUUGUAAUGUUGUAGGAAACUGCAGCCUCACUUGUCCUGGUAUUGAGAAUAGGUGUGGUUUAGAUCUAGAAACAGAGAAGGGUAACAAGGAGAGCAGGGUUAUCUGUAAAAAUGACAAUGAUGAGGAUGACUUUACCACAGGUGUUUUUAUUGCUGAUAAAAAGCAUCAGAAUUGUGGUAGGGGUGACCCUCUUUUCACAUUGACGAAUUCCCAGCUGCAGGUUUCAGAAGAAUUUAUUGAUGAUGACCCAACAGAAAUCUCCUUUUUUGCUGGGGGAUCUGAGGCAUUUUCAUAUGUGUACAGUGGCUUAGACCUAAUAGGGUCUGAUUUAUCUAGGCCUGUAUCAGAUUCAACUAAACUAACUAAGGAUGUUCUUCAGCAAAAUAUGGUGUCUUCUCAGUCAAGCCCUGACAGAUACUCCACAGAAGCAGUAGAUAUGAACAUGGAAGAUGAAUUUGAAUUUGAAGAAGGGAGUGAUUUCAAUGGCAAUGAGAGACCAUCAGAUACAUCGGAAUUGUUUGAGGUUAAAGCACAAGCAAGCAGAAUGCAAAGCCUUUUGAGUCCUUCUGAAACCAGUUCACUCAUAAACAACCGUUCUGAAAGCAGUUCCCUCAAUAAUUUGCCACUGAAUGGUACAUCAUCCUUUCACACAUAUAGCUCUGCUAAUCAUUCUGAAGCUAGUUCUAUGGUGAACUUCCCAGCCUACUCGGUUCGCUCUGAAUCCAGCUCAGCCUUUCAGUUCACUGACAUCAUUGACCAGUUGGAGCAGCUAAGCUAUCCACUUACCGCUACAGAAGACUCUACCAGUACAGAUACAGAUUCCUGGGAUUCGGAAGGUGCAGCUCCAAUGGAUAUAAGCCACUUCUUCAGCAACCCCUUUGUUCAAGCAACUGGCCUCUCAAUGGACCACCCUCAGCUCUCUUCCUUCACAUUGAAGAGUCCACAGAGCUUGAACCCCACAUUUCAGGUGAAUUUGAACCCAGCUGGCCAGGGUUCAUCUCCUCUUCUGAGUCCUGUCCUGAGCGAUGCUGGCAGUGCCCGGGUAGAAGAGGAAGAGGAAGUAAAACGCAAGCAAUAUCCAACAGACAAGGUCUAUUUCAUAGCAAAGGAGAUUCUUGCUACUGAACGGACAUAUGUGAAAGACCUAGAAGUUAUUACAGUAUGGUUCCGCAGUGCAGUCAUCAAGGAGAACGCCAUGCCUGAAGGUCUGAUGACACUGCUCUUCUCUAACAUAGAUCCAAUCUAUGAGUUUCACCGAAGUUUCCUGAAAGAAAUGGAGCAGAGGCUAGCACUCUGGGAAGGACAAUCCAACGUUUAUGUGAAAGGAGAUUGUCAACGGAUUGGAGAUGUCAUGCUGAGGAACAUGUGCAUGCUGAAGGAGUUUACCAGCUACUUGCAGAAACAUGAUGAGGUCCUGACGGAACUGGAGAAAGCAACUAAGCGAUUAAAGAAACUGGAAAUGGUUUAUAAGGAGUUUGAAUUGCAGAAGGUUUGUUAUCUGCCACUCAACACUUUCCUGCUCAAGCCCAUCCAGAGGCUGAUACACUACAAGCUGAUCCUGGGAAGACUUUGCAAGCAUUACACAGUCGAACACCAGGACUAUGCCGACUGCAGGAAUGCACUGAAGGUGGUUACAGAGAUGACAACUCGGCUCCAAAACAGCCUGAUCCAUCUGGAGAAUUUCCAGAAGCUGACAGAGCUACAACAUGACUUGAUUGGCAUUGAUAACCUCAUAGCACCUGACAGAGAAUUUAUCCGGGAGGGGUGCUUGUACAAACUCACUAAAAAAGGUUUACAGCAGAGGAUGUUCUUUCUGUUCUCAGAUAUGUUGCUGUACACAAGCAAAGGAGUCACGGGUACCAAUCAGUUCAAAAUUCAUGGAUACCUCCCUCUGCAUGGCAUGCUGUUAAUAGUGCUGGAUCCUCCGGUGGAAGAGAGUGAGAAUGAAUUGUCUGUCCCACACUGCUUCACAAUCUAUUCAGCUCAGAAAACCAUAGUAGUGGCAGCAAGUACCCGUCUGGAGAUGGGGAAGUGGAUGGAAGACCUAAACAUGGCGAUUGAAAUGGCCAAAAAAUCUAGUGAGAAAUAUGACACAUUUUUGGAAAGCUCCAUGUAUAAUCGCUCUAACAGAUCCUCUGAUGAGGUCUCUCUAGAGCAGGAAUCUGAAGAUGACAUACAGUCUUCUGGUAGCUCCCUGGACAGGCAGAGCCACCACCGUGCCAACACUACAAUGCACGUGUGCUGGUACCGCAACACCAGUGUCUCCAUGACUGACCACAGUGUGGCCGUUGAGAAUCAGCUUUCAGGGUACCUGCUGAGGAAAUUCAAAAAUAGUAAUGGCUGGCAAAAGCUCUGGGUUGUCUUCACCAACUUCUGUUGUUCUUUACAAAACUCAACAGGAUGAUUAUCCGUUGGCCAGUCUCCCACUACUUGGCUACACAGUCAGCACCCCAGUGGAGGCAGAUGGCAUUCAGAAGGAUUAUGUCUUCAAGUUGCAGUUCAAAUCCCAUGUAUAUUUCUUCAGGGCCGAGAGCA